GGCAAAGUUUCCACCCCUAGGCUUGCCGUAUAUAUUGCGCCGCUCGUGCCACCCCAAACAGACUGGCACAAUCACGAGCUGUCUGUCAAACUCAGCCCAGGUCACUAUGGCAACGGACCACCAGAACCCUGCAUCCAAGCAACAGCAGUCAGGAACCAGUGCGUUUAAGCUGAUCAUCUAUGAGCAGGAGAACUUCCAAGGCAGAUGUCAUGAGCUGACUGGGCCCUGUAACAAUCUCCAAGAGGCGGGCGUGGAGAAAGUGGGCUCGAUACUGGUGCCGUGUGGACCAUGGGUGGGAUAUGAACAGCCUGGCUGCAAGGGGGAGCAGUAUGUGUUUGAGAAGGGCGAGUAUCCUCGCUGGGACUCCUGGACCAACAGCAGACGCAGUGACUGCAUCUUCGCCUUUCGCCCCAUCAAAGUGGACAGCCAGGAACACAAGAUCGUGCUGUAUGAGAACCCCGGCUUCGCGGGGAAGAAGAUCGAGAUCAUAGACGACGAUGUUCCCAGCUUCCAUGCGUACGGCUACCAUGAGAAGGUCUCCUCCGUGAGAGUCCAGAGCGGAGUCUGGGUGGGCUACCAGUAUCCAGGAUACAGAGGCUACCAGUACCUGUUUGAGAAGGGCGAGUACAAGGACAACUCUGAGUUCGGCGCUCAGCAGGCUCUGAUCCAGUCCGUGAGGCGCAUCCGCGACAUGCAGUGGCACCAGAGGGGCACCUUCCACCCCUCUAACUGAGCUUCUGACACCCCACACCCCACAC